AUGUCAGAUAGCUCAGAUCAAAAUAUUGAGGACUCAGUCGAAGAUUCCGCAGAUAUGAAGGGGAACGACUCAUCUGAUAGUGAUAAGGAGUUGAAGCUUGAUGAUUUGACACCAAAAGCGAAAAAGAGCUCUGGAGACGGAAAAAUAGUUGAAUCUCCAAAAGAGGCAAAGAAAGAGACCAAUGGUGAAGAAGAGGAUGGAUCUGGAGAGGAAGAAGAUGAAUAUGAUGAUGAAGUUUCUAUUAGCGAUUCGGAUGAAAAUGAAGGAAGUUUUAUUGAUGCAAAAUAUGAUUUCGAUAAUCCUCCGCCUGUUUUACGAUUCCAAUACUCUUCUAUUUACGCUACUUUAAUAAGGGCCGUUAAUUUGUUCAGAGCUUCUCAUAAACUUCCUCCUAUUGUAGAAUCAAUUGAUCUAAAUCGAAUUGCGAUGAAACACUCUCUCGCAAUGGCGAAAAUGGAGGUAAAAUUUACUAAUGCUCCAAUUAAAGAAGAAAUCAGCGAUCUCCCAUUUCCAUUUUAUUACGCAUAUGUAUCUCGAAGUGAUUCACCAAAUCACGCAUUUUUAGACGUUACUAACGAAUGGGCAUCUGAGCCAGGAAUCUCCGCAGCUCUUCUGUCCAAAGUCAAUACAAUUGGAUGUGGUAUGGCAUCAACAGCACAAAAAACCACUUUCUUUACAGUUAUCGUUGCUGUCAAAUCUUAUAUUGGAGAUUCCCAUCUUGUUGGCGAUGAGCUAAGGAGUUUCUUGUUGGGCCAAAACUGUCUCGAAAUUGUCAACAAUAUACGCGAAAAAUACGAUUUACCGCCUUAUUUAUGGAGCGAUCAAUUAGCAACGUUAGCAUAUAAAUUCAGUCAGACAGAUCCAACAAAAAUUACCCAGAAAUUCAUUUCUACACGUAUACCGAGCGCUUCUUCGAGCCACGUCGACUUCGGUAAAUUUGAGUUCGAAAAAGCAAAUCCCAAGACGAUUGUUUCAGAAUGGAUGCAGCAGACAUACCAUGUCGAUGCAUUGUUGGGAGAAUUCAACAGAAUCGGUAUUGGGUUUGUUAUUAAGAAAAAUUGUUAUUUUUCAGUUCGUAUCGUUACAAGAAGCAUUUACGCGUCAAUUAUUGAUGGAUCAGAGAACUUAGUGGAUCAUUCCAUACUAGCAAAGCAUAUUGCUGAAGAAAUGAACGAAUUUAGAGAACAGCAUUCUUUAGAAAAGCUGUCAUUUGAUGACAACCUGUUUAAAGUUGCUCAGGAUCAUGCAGAAUUUAUUGCAAAUGGUCAGGAAGGUAUUAAUCCAAUCGAAGACGACUUUUACAAAAAUGUUGUUGAACCACGUUAUAAAUUAUGCGAUAUCAGCCAUACUACUUGCAAAGAAAUGCUUAGAGCUCCAAAAGAAAUUAUGAGGAAGUGGAGAAAUAACACAGAUUGUGUUUCUGUUCUUCUAAAUCAAGUAGAUGACAUUGGUGUAGGAGUUUGCUUCGAUGAAGAUUACGUAUGCCACGUAACGACUAUUAUAUGUGAUAGAGGUGACCAUGGAGAUGUUGUUAAUAAGAUUGUUAGCUUAUAA